UGACGUCACGAGCGUUAAUGACGUUCCUGGGUGAUUAUCGUGUCGGUAUUGGCCGCCCGAUCCGAUUCGGGCGCACGUGAAACGCGUUUCGCAAUUGAAGCCUGCGCGCUCCUCGGCCACCGUUCCCGUCAUGGCCGAUUUCUCAGAUCGCAAGUUGGGCAAAGAUGCUCAGAUGAGGGCAGCCAUAAAUCAAAAGCUCAUAGAGACUGGAGAAAGGGAACGUUUGAAGGAGCUUCUGAAAACGAGGCUGAUGGAGUGUGGCUGGAAAGAUCAGUUGCGGGCUCACUGCAAAGAUGUCAUUCGAGACAAGGGACUUGAACAUGUGACAGUGGAGGACUUAAUUUCAGAAAUCACACCAAAAGGCCGAGCGUUGGUGCCAGACAAUGUCAAGAAGGAGCUGCUGCAGAGGAUUCGCGCUUUCUUGGCUCAAAAUACUAACUUUUAGAGUCUUGUCAACAAUUCCGUACCACAACAUGUUGAGUAGAGCGUUGCAUCGCAUAAAGUAUUGCUCAUGCCUCCAUUCCGUUGUGCAGUUCGCACCCCGUGUGUCCACGUGACGUUUUUACGUAGUCGUUUUUUGUAAGCAAUAAAAGUACCGUUAGCAAAGCCAAAAUGUAAAAAAAAUUCAUGAUUUUCACGAACUCGUGCUCAAGGCACUCCAACUUUGCGUUUUAAGCUUCAUAAUUUGGUUGUGGCAUUUAAUUUGUUGUUGAAGAUUUGUAGCAGCAGUUAAGAUAAUUUGCAUGCGAAUUAACAGUUUGAGUCUAAUGUUUAAUAAUUAUGUCAUGCAAGUAAACGCAGGACAUUUAAGGCUUUUCUGUAUAAUCUGUGCAUUGGUCUCAUCAAAACAAUCUCCAGUGCUGCUCUGAUGAUUCCAAGAUUGAAAGCCUUCCCGUGAUGGUGCUUUACAAUAAUCAAUAUCACUGAAAUAGGUGAUGAAAUCCAAAGGUUCCCCAAGCAGUGAACUGAAGAGCCUGUAAAUCUAUUCAGCUCUGCUAUAAUGCAUGUUCUGGAACUAAGUGGUCUUUGUUGGAUUUGAGCAUUUUCAGUUGUACUGUAUGUGGUUUGUGUUGGUGCAAUUAGGCUGGACAGGCAGAUCACCUAUGUCGGUUCUUCAAACAAUAAAUUCUGACUGGCUGUAACAAGUUUGGCAUAUGCUGGCGGGUCACGUGACUCCGUAUGUCACGUAUACUUAUGUCACGUCAUAACUCAUACAUUUGGUCACUCUACCUCCUGUCUCCGGGUCUUUCAUCUGUCUUUUGGUUGUCUUGCGUUCAUCUCCAGCUCAAUAAUAUUCAUCGCUUGUCUGCACUUCUCCCAUCUCUAUUUCUUGUUAAUCUUUCUUUCAUCUCUCUUAUCUGUUUCACUUUUGUGUAAUGCGAGUCAUAUCUUUCAUUGGGUCCAUUGCUCACCAUGCCACUCUCUCCCAAUGCCUGGUUUUUUUCCACCGUACAAUCGAGGUGCGCCGGAACUAUUUCGAACCUGCGCGCGCACAGCUGAGGAGGUGACAGGUUGCGUUUCCACUGCAUAAGUCAAGCCGUGCCAUUGCCGUCAAACGCAUUGAGCGAAACGUGAGGCAUGUCGAAGUGGCGUGUCCUUACAGUGCACCGACUGACUGAUGUCGUGUGCCAAAUGAACGGCAUCAUCCCCACCCCUGCCCUUGCUUUGGCCCCGAGCUAGAAUCGGUUAUCUUGUGAGGUCAGCGUGUUGUGGUUUGAUUUCAGCCUGACACGGAAAAUCCAUUCGAAAGCCACCUGUACCUCGAGGGCUCCACGCCUGCUUGGCUCGGAUGUGCCACUGAAAAAGGGUUCAAGAGCCUUUGCGAACCACCUCUGGUCUGCUGGCCAUCCAGUUGAAGAACCAUGACCAAUCUGAUUCGUGAGUUGAUUAUUGUAGGCAAUGAGGAAGUCUGUUUCUAAUCUAUGUUCAGUUUUGUGCGUGCUAUUUUAACUGUGGCUUUUGUACAAAUUAUAUGGUUUCACUGAUGACAAAAAUAAUUGUUCAACGUUCCAAGCAGGAAUCACCUGGACAUCUUAAAACAAACCCAUGAAAUUUUACAAAAUAAAAAUAAUUUCUAAUUGGUGAAUUAGUAAAGUGCUUGGAUGGAUUACCAUGCAUACCACCGAUAUAAAACAUGCAAAACAAGGUGAUCUAGGCCAUUACGAAACUACUCUGCUCACUUGACCAUGCCCCCCCUCCCUUCAAUCCGUACUGAUCAGCGUGGCGAAGUAUGGUCAACCCCCACGACUCGCAUGGGGAGGCCCUCAUCCAGCAUUGGUUUGACAAAAGGGAAAUAUUUACACAUUAAUAACGUGACUACAGGUGUGGAUUGUACUUGUUUGUGCUCGUCUUUAAAUAUUUACCAUCAAAUUUGAAAGAUUUAACGUCU